CGGACUGCUUUCAAAAUCAAAAGUUGAAAGUUGAAACUUUUUGAAUAGUCUGUUUAACCCAAAACCAGCCCAAAGGCCAUGACUGAGAGCACCACGAAACCACCAACUCAGUUUCACUUACCCUUUCUUCUUCUCCUUCACCAAGUUCAGGACUUGAAAAGAUCCGUGCUUGCUAUAUUCUUCUGCUUCCCCACUUACUGUUUCGCUUUUCUUCUUCUCUUCCUCUUGGCUUACAAUGGUUUCACAGUUUUCUGGGUUCAUGUCCCUUUCUUGGCUAAACCGCUGUCGAAACCCAUUGUUUUCUCGCCUGUGAGUGACGCCAGGGAAGAAUCAGUUCGGAAAUGGUCUUCUUCUUCUUCUUCCCAGUUGAAGCUGUCUUCUUCUGUGCUGUUUGCCAUCAACAAGGAUUCAUCUGCGACUUUCUCGAAGAUUCAUUUGCCCAUCUUGCAAAAUUCGUCAUUUCCCGCGACAACUGCCGAGAAAUUUCUCUUCCACAGGUCGAGACGAGCCAGGAGACACAAGAGGGGCCUAAGAAGUUUGCGCUCAGAAGGUCAGGUCUCGUGGUUUCAGACCAGAAUCAAAGUAUUCUUUGCUGGGAAGAAUUCUUCUUCCUCUUCCUCGUCAUCAUCCUGUAAGAUCAGGUUCUUCAUGACUUGGAUUGCGUCAUUAGAAUCAUUUGGUGACAUACAGUUUUCAGCCAUGGAAAGCUUGUUCAAGUCUCACCCAAAAGCUUGCUUGGUGAUAGUAUCCAAAUCACUGGACUCCCAUGGAGGCUCUCAAAUCCUGAAGCCAUUUUUGACUAAUGGGUUCAGAGUAACAGCAGUUGCCCCAGAUUUUGAUUGUAUAUUCAAAGACACUCAUGCAGAGUCAUGGUACAAUCGUUUGAAGGAAGGCAAUGUGAAUCCAGGUGAAAUCUCUUUAGGCCAAAACCUCUCAAACUUGAUUAGGCUUGCUCUUUUGUACAAGUUUGGAGGCAUUUACAUGGACGCAGAUGUUAUAGUAUUGAAGAGUUUCUCUAAACUGAGAAACACCAUUGGAGCACAGAACUUGGAUGCAAAAACUGGGAAAUGGAGCAGACUGAACAAUGCUUUGCUGAUAUUUGAUAAAAAGCAUCCAUUACUUUCCAAGUUCAUUGAAGAAUUUGCACUCACAUUUGAUGGGAACAAGUGGGGUCACAACGGUCCUUACCUAGUCUCAAGAGUGGUCUCUAGGGUGAGUGGAAGACCAGGAUUUAACUUCACUGUUAUGCCACCAUCUGCAUUUUAUCCUGUGGACUGGAGAAGUAUUGCUCAUCUGUUUCAGAGACCCAGAGAUGAACUCCAAUCAAAAUGGCUGGUGAAGAAACUUGAACAAAUUAACAAGGAAAGUUUUGCUGUGCACUUGUGGAACAAGAGGAGUGGGAAACUUGAGGUGGAAAAAGGAAGCAUUGUUGAUAGUAUCAUAUCAAGGAGUUGCAUUUUCUGCAACUCAUAGUUCAAGUUUGUAGCUACCUAAAGGGUUAUAUAGAAUCGUCAUUCCUAUAAAACUUUUCUGUACUGUCUUUAUUGUAAGUGGAUAUGGACUGAUUGUGACUGGGUUCAUUCCACUAUAGGAAAAAAAAUAUAGUUUGAAAUCAUAGGGCUUAUUGUAUGUCUUUCAGAAUCUGGAAAGAAAGAGGUAAAAAAUUUAUGUUAUUUCCUUCAUGUCUGGAUUUUGAUUA